UCCAUUUCUUCGGUCUCUUCUUCCGGGAAGGUCACCUGGUCUUCUUGGGAUUCAUGGGCGUCAUCGUCGGGAACUCCCCCUUCGUCGCACUGAUCUUGGUGACUGGAACCCACAGGAAUCGUGCUCGGCCAGCUGUUUUGCCAUCCACAAAGCAAAUGAAAGUCCUGCGGCUGACGACUUACUCCCCACUUGUUUCCGAACUCCCAUUUCUGGACAAGUGCGUCUAACGUGUGAAGAAAAUCAAUAAACGGCUGUUCUUUCCCAAAAGCGAUAUCCGCGGCGGUGAUGCUGUUCAGAUAUUCGUCCGAGCAAUCUGUUUCUGCAGAAUUCGGAGCCUAAGCACAGUCAUCAAUUCAUAGAGAAACUUUCGCCUGGGUUUAGAUUUACUCACCCCCUCAUCGCCAUUCUCGAACUUUCCAUGUUCUAAACGCAACGUAUACAUCGAGCCACCUGGCUCGGCAAGCUGUAAAAGAGCAUAGCCUCGGCCGGAACCCAGUGCCUCCCUG